GCUCAUUAAAGAGCAUGAGGCCCAAUUUAUUUUGAAAAGCCGUUUCCUCAUAUAAUCCUCCACGGUGGAAUCAAUCUCCAAAGAGAAGACCCACCAUGAUUUCAUCGUCAGAGAUGACGGCGACGGCGACGGCACCGGCGCCGGCACCGGCACCUGAUAUGGUAUCAGCCAUCGCAACGGGAACCGAGCGGAAAGAGAUGUUGAGAGAAGUGGAUGAUGAAAAGGAGGAGAAAAUACGCCGUCAGAAGAAGCUUGAGGAAGCUCUCGAAGCCAAAUCUCUUCGCCGCAUUAUCAGUGCCUACCUCAAUUAUCCUGAGGCUUCUGAAGAAGAUCUGAAAAGAUGGGAAAGAUCAUAUCGGAAGCUGUCUCCUGGGCACAAGGCAUUGGUACCCCAUUACCCUUUGAAGUUUCAGAGAUUAAGAAGGUGUAUAUCGACGAAUUCAUAUUUCAUAUUUAAUAUGCUUCAGGCUUUUGAGCCCCCUAUAGACUUGAGUCAGGAUCUUGAUGGUUUUGAAGACCCAAAUCUUGAGUGUGCUCCAAAUGAGAAAUACAUACUAGACGAAAGGCACGACUCUUCUUGUCAGCCUGCCUUGACCAGUAAUUGUACAUAUCAGCAAGAAUGUAAAAGCCUGCGCGACCCAGUAACAGGAACUCUGUCUAUAGAGGGGCCUCAGAGGAAGGAUGCUAAUGAUCAUUCCCCCAAGAAUCACUCUGAAGACACAAGAAUCAAUGAUAAGAGAAAUGAUUGUGAUGGAGGCCAUUCAAAUCACGACCAUGGCAAUGCAUCGUUUCCAUCUCAUGACUGGUUGGACCCAUCGUUACAGACACAUGUUCCUCUGGUUGAUGUAGAUAAGGUUCGCUGUAUAAUACGGAAUAUAGUUCGAGAUUGGGCAGCAGAGGGUCAGAGAGAACGAGACCAAUGUUACAAGCCAAUCCUUGAAGAGCUUGAUUCAUUGUUUCCUAAUCGUCAGAAGGAGAGCACCCCUCCUGCCUGUUUAGUCCCUGGUGCUGGACUUGGACGGCUGGCCCUUGAAAUUUCUUGUCUAGGUUUCAUAAGCCAAGGAAAUGAAUUUUCGUACUACAUGAUGAUAUGCUCAAGUUUUAUUCUGAAUUACUUGAUUUUUUUCAUCAGUACACAAGUGCCUGGUGAGUGGACAAUAUACCCCUGGAUACACAGCAACUGCAAUUCGCUCUCAGACAAUGAUCAACUACGCCCUAUUUCUAUUCCUGAUAUUCAUCCUGCAAGUGCAGGAAUAACUGAAGGUUUCUCUAUGUGUGGUGGUGAUUUUGUUGAAGUAUACAAUGAAUCAGGUCAUGAAGGAAUGUGGGAUGCAGUUGUGACUUGCUUUUUCAUCGACACUGCUCACAACAUCAUUGAGUACAUCGAAACCAUAUCCAAGAUCUUGAAGGAUGGAGGAGUUUGGAUAAACUUAGGACCUCUGCUGUAUCACUUUGCGGACACAUAUGGCCAUGAAAAUGAAAUGUCGAUCGAGCUAAGCUUGGAGGAUGUAAAGAAAGUUGCUUCACAUCAUGGGUUCGAGAUAGAGAAAGAAAGAACAAUUGAAACAACGUACACUACAAAUCCCCGGUCUAUGAUGCAGAACCGAUACUAUGCUGCCUUCUGGACAAUGAGGAAGAAAUGUGCAACAAAAACUUAAACCAAAUAUCCCCUUAAACUAUAUUCAUUCUGGAAUUUUUUUUGUUUGCAUCUGGAUUUCUUUAUUUUUUGUUUUUUGGGAUGAAAUCUAAAACACUCACUAUUUUUUUAUGAAUAAAAAAAAAACUUCUUCGUUUGCAUCA